AUGGAUUCGUCUCGUCGUUCCACACGACAUCUCGAACCGAAGAACGAUUCUAGUCGACAGCUGCUAGGUGAUGGUUCUCGAGUACCAACUGCUGAUUCUGGUCGAGCAUCAAUGACUAUUUCUGAACGAGCAUCAACAACUGGAAGUAUAACAACCAAUGGAGCUUCAUCAUCAUUAUCAAGAGAUACACCACUCGAUGAUAGCUAUGAUACGAGAGGUGCAAAGUAUCAAGAUGAUAAAUCAGUAUGUAUUCGUCGCACAACUACUUGGGGCAGCCGACGUUACGAGCAAGCAUAUGUUUCACAUGUCGAGCAUCCAUCAGCAUUUUUCAUUCAAUUAGCUCAUUCGAGUGAUAGAUUUGAGGAAUUAGAUAAGGAAAUCAACGAUUUCUAUUCAAAAAAUUCGCAGAAAAAUCCGUUAAAAUGGAAAAGUGGCGAUUAUUGUAUUGCUAAGUUCAAAGAUAAUAGAUUUUAUCGUUCUAGAAUUAUAGAAAUUGAUGAGACUAAAAAUCCUGCUGAAUACCACGUUGUAUUUGUUGAUUUUGGUAAUUGGGAUACAGUUUCUGAACAUGAUCUUCAUCUUCUUCUACCAGACUUCACUCUUUUAACAGCUCAAGCUAUUGCAUGUUCAUUGACUAAUACUCUACCUAAAAAAGGCAUAUUGUAUAGCCAAGAAGCUAAAAUUUUUUUUAAAGAACUUGUAUUAGACAAAUUUGUUGAUGUUAAAUUUUAUCUGAAGUCAUCCAAUGACUUUUGGCCAUUAAGUUGUGUUGAUUUAGAACUUUCCGCAACGAAAGCAAAUAUUCGUCAACUUAUGAUAGAACAAGGUUAUAUUCGUGAAACAACUAAUGAUCAACUUUAUAUAGAAUUUAAUCAUUUAUUAAAACGUGAACAUUAUAUUCAAUUUAAUAUUCCACAUGAAGAGGAUGAUAAUAACUAUGAUGAUGAUGAUUGA